ACACAUCUGCAAACUCAUAUGUGCGAGAAAGAAUUCCAAUGCAGGGAGUGUGGGAAGAACUUCAGUUGGAGUGGAACCCUAAAUAGACAUCAACAGACACACACAGGGCAAAAACCAUUUAAAUGCAUGGAGUGUGGAAAAAGCUUCAGUCAGAGUGGGCACUUAAGUUCACAUCAACAGACUCACACAGGUGAAAAACCACAUCAGCGGACUCAAAUGGGCAAGGAAGGAUUCCAAUGCAGGGAGUGUGGGAAGAACUUCAGUUGGAGUGGAGACCUUAGAAGACAUCAGCGGACUCAUACAGGUGAAAAACCAUAUAAAUGUAUGGAGUGUGGGAAAAGCUUCAGUCAAAGUGGAAACUUAAGUUUACAUCAACGGACACACACAGGGCAAAAACCAUAUAAAUGUAUGGAGUGUGGAAAAAGCUUCAGUCAGAGUGGACACUUAAGUUCACGGACUCACACAGGGGAAAAACCAUUUAAAUGCAUGGAGUGUGGAAAAAGCUUCAAUCGGAGUGGACACCUUAGAAGACAUCAGCAGACUCACACAGGUGAAAAACCAUAUAAAUGUAUGGAGUGUGGGAAAAGCUUCAGUCGGAGUGGACACCUUAGAACACAUCAACGAACUCACACAGGGGAGAAACCAUAUGAAUGGGAAAAACCAUAUAAAUGUAUGGAGUGUGGAAAAAGCUUCAGUCGGAGUGAUAAACUUAAAUCACAUCAACGGACUCACAUGGGUGAAAAACCAUAUAAAUGUAUGGAGUGUGGAAAGAGCUUCAGUGUGAGUGGACAACUCAAUAAACAUCACCAGACUCACACUGGGGAGAAACCAUUUAAGUGCAUGGAGUGCGGAAAGAGCUUCAUUCAGAUUGGAAACCUUAGAAUACAUCAACGGACUCACACAGGGGAGAAACCAUUUGAAUGCAGGGAGUGUGGAAAGAGCUUCAGUCAGAAUGGACAACUUAAAUUACACCAGUGGACUCACACAGGGGAGAAACCAUAUAAAUGUAUGGAGUGCGGAAAGAGCUUCAGUGUGAGUGGACAACUCAAUAACCAUCACCAGACUCACACUGGGGAGAAAAAAUAUAAAUGUAUGGAGUAUGGGAAGAGCUUCAGUCAGAGUGGACACCUCAAUAUACAUGAACGGACUCACACAGGGGAGAAACCAUAUAAAUGUAUGGAGUGUGGGAAGAGCUUCAGUAAGAGUGGACACCUCAAUAUACAUGAACGGACUCACACAGGGGAGAAACCAUAUAAAUGUAUGGAGUGUGGAAAGAGCUUCAGUAAGAGUGGACACCUCAAUAUACAUGAACGGACUCACACAGGGGAGAAACCAUAUAAAUGUAUGGAGUGUGGGAAGAGCUUCAGUAAGAGUGGACACCUCAAUAUACAUCAUCGGAUUCAUACAGGGGAGAAACCAUUUGAAUGCAUGGAGUGUGGAAAGAGCUUCAGUCAGAUUGGAAACCUUAAAAUACACCAACGGACUCACACAGGGGAGAAACCAUAUAAAUGUAUAGAGUGUGGAAAGAGCUACAUUCAGAUUGGAAACCUUAGAAUACAUCAAUGGACUCACACAGGGGAGAAACCAUUUGAAUGCAUGGAGUGCGGAAAGAGCUUCAGUCAGAAUGGAGACCUUAAAUUACACCAGCAGACUCACACCGGUGAAAAACCCCAUGAAUGUAUGGAGUGUGGAAAGAGCUUCAGUAAGAGUGGAAACCUCAAUAAACACCAACGGACUCACAUGGGAGAAACCAUUUAAAUGUAUGGAGUGUUGAAAGAGCUUUAGUCAGAGUGGAAAUGUUAGAAAACAUCUGCAGACACACAUGGGAGAAUCCAUUUAACUGUAUCACAUGUGGAAGGAGCUUCAGUCAGAGUGGAAUCCUUGAUUUAUGUCAGCAAACUCUCACAAAAGACAAACCCUAUGAAUGUCAGUAAAGUAUGUGGAAGUUCAGUCCUACUGGAAGUUCUACAUCAACAGACUUAUGAACAGGAAGAACUUUUAGAGUUGAAACCCUACAAAAAAUCAACAACUCUGAGAAGCAGUUUAAAUGGAAAGAUUGCAGAAAGUGCUUUAGUUAUAAUGGAGUGUUUCAGGAACAUCUAGGGAUUCUGAGGGAAGAACCCAUUUAGAUGUAUGGUGUGCAGAAUGUGUUCCUCUUUUCUUCACAGCAAUCA